UGGUAGUCGAUUCGAAUUCUCUUUCCACGUUGGGGAAAUUUUCUUACUGAAUAGCUGGUUGAAUAACCCAGCAGUGCCCGGGUUGAAAAAUCCAUGAGAUUUUUGAUGUUCCGUGAUUCCAGCAGUAAAAAUCUAGUUUUAUUUACAGGUGAUAUACUUUAAGUAUCGUGGUUUUCUGCCUAAUCAACCCAAUAUAUUGGAAGCGUCAAGCCUCAAACCGACACAAAAACUAAUUAAUGAAGCAGGGUAAAGUGCGUUUUCAUAAAUAGAAUACAAGGUUACUGUUAUCCUAAGAUUGAUAUAUCGCCUAACUCAGUGCGCUCAAGAGCAUUUCGACUCAUUUGCUGAGAAUUUGAAAAGGAAUUAAAAGUUUAAUAAUUUAAGUUCUCAUUUUAGGUGAACAACUUCACUCCCGAUGCCGGGCCAGAAAAUUUUUUAUGCGCUUAUUAUUUUUGUAGCAUUUUGCUUAUUUUUGGCAAAUGGAUUCAGCCCAGAUGUUUCAUAUAAGGAAACAUCGUAUCAUCCACAACAUAUAUUAUCGCGAGGUCAGCGUUCUGUGUUGAAAAGUCAGAGACCGACGCAGGCUCAGAGAGGACGACGAAGAAAUGUUAGCAGGAAGCUAAGCGAUGGUGCCUCUCAAAAGCUUACCAGUGUUCUCAAGUCAACAUUUAGUAUUCCUAAUGAGCUUUACUUCGAUACGGCGCAGCUGGCGCGCAGCAGAGGCUACGGGGCCUCCACCCACCACGUCACGACGAAGGACGGCUACAUCAUCGCCCUGCAUCGUCUGCUGCCGCCGCCGAACUCCAGCCGUGGGCCUCCAGCGCGGACCGCCGGCGCGGUGCUCAUGAUGUCGUCCACCGCCGGGUCGUCCUCCGAUUUUAUCAUCAACGAACCACAUGAAUCUUUAGGAUACCUGCUGGUCGACGCAGGAUACGACGUUUGGCUCGGCAACUUCAGAGGCUCGCGCUACGGCCUCAACCACACCCGCCUCGACGACGACGACCCGCGCUUCUGGCGCUACAGCUUCGACGAAAUGUCGCUGUUUGAUUUGCCUGCCCAAGUGAACUUCGUGCUCGAGCAUUCCGGAGAGCGCAAGCUCUUCUUCUUCUGUUUCUCGGCCUCGACCGUAACUUUCUUCAUGUCGGGGGCUCCGAAAUAUAGCUUCAUGGAUAAGAUUCGUCUGGCAGUCGCGUUUGCUCCUGUUGGUUACCUGCAACACUCAAGCAAAUACGUGAAGGCAGUUGCGCGACUGAUGCUCGCUAUUCAGUUAAGUAUCUAA